AUGGAGAAAUCAAAGCACUUUGUUUUGGUUCAUGGGAUUUGCCAUGGAGCCUGGUGCUGGUUCAAGAUUUUGAAGCCACUCAUUGAAUCCGCUGGCCACCGUGUCACAGCCCAAGACUUGGCGGCUUCUGGCGUCCACAUGAAGGCAAUUCAAGAAAUUCAGACUCUUGGUGAUUACACGAAGCCUUUGUUAGAGUGUUUGGUGGACUGAAUUUGGCUCUGGAUAAUUUUCCAGAAAAGAUUUCUGUUGCUGUGUUCUUGACUGCUUUCUUGCCGGAUUCAGUACACCGGCCAUCAUUUGUCUUGGAAAAG